AUGACUCUCACCCCAAAGAUGCUGCCGCUGCUGCUGUCCCUGCUGUGGGCAGGGUCCCUGGCUCAGUAUGCAACAUACCAGAUGCAGGUGCAGGAGUUCCUGACGGUGCAGGAGGGCCUGUGCCUCUCCGUACCCUGCCGCUUCUCCUACCCCCGCCAAUACACUAAUAAUGACCCAGCUUAUGGCUACUGGUUCCGGGAAGGGGCCAAUUCACACCACGAUGCUCUAGUGGCCACAAACAACCCAGGUCGUAAAGUGCAGGAGGAGACCCAGGACCGAUUCCGCCUCCUCGGGGACCCCCGGGCCUAUGACUGCUCCCUGGACAUCAGAGAUGCACAGAGAAGGGACUCGGGGACAUUCUUCUUUAGGGUGGAGAGAGGGUCUUCUGUGAGAUAUAAUUACUUGCAGAAUCAGCUCUCCGUGUUUGUGACAGCUCUGACACAGACACCUGACAUCCACAUCCAGGGGCCCCUAGAAUCUGGCCACCCCAAGAACAUUACCUGUAGUGUGCCAUGGGCCUGUGAGAAGGGGACACCCCCCACCUUCUCCUGGAUCGGAGUUGCCCUCCCCUCCUGGGGCUCCAAGGCUCCCCACCCCCCCGAGCUCACUCUCACCCCGAGGCCCCAGGACCACGGCACCAACCUCACCUGUCGAGUGACCUUCCCCGGAGCUGGUGUGAGCACGGAGAGGACUGUCCAGCUCAACGUGUCCUACGCACCCCAGAACCUGACCAUCAGUGUGUUCCGAAGAGAAGGUACAGGACCUGAGGCUCUGGGCAAUGGCUCGUCUCUCCCAGUCCAGGAGGGCCAGCCCCUGCGCCUGGUCUGCAUCGAUGACAGCAACCCUCCUGCCAGGGUGAGCUGGACCCGGGAUAGCCUGACCCUGCAGCCUUCACAACCCUCAAAUCCUGGGAUCCUGGAGUUUCCCCGGGUGGAACUGGUGAACCACGGAAGAUACGUCUGCCAAGCUCAGCACCUGUUGGGCUCCCUGGAAGCAUCCGUGAGCCUCCUUGUGAAGACCCCCCUGAAGCUGUUUGGUCCCUCCUGCUCCUGGGAGGGCGAGGAUAUGCACUGCCACUGCUCUGCUCAAUCCCAGCUGCCCCCUUCUGUGCACUGGUGGCUGGGGGAGGAGCUGCUGGAGGGGAACCACAGCAAUGCCUCCUGGACCCUCACCUCCAGCUCUGUGGGGUCCUGGGCCAACAGCUCCCUGAGCCUCAGCGGGCCACUGGGCUCCAGCCUCAGACUCAGAUGUGAGGCCUGGAAUGCCCACGGGAAACAGAGCGCUGCUGUCCUGCUACUGCCAGGGAGACCAGGGGCCAGGACGGGUGUGAUUCAGAGGGCCAUCUGGGGAGCUGGUGUCACAACCCUGCUUGCUCUCUGUCUCUGCCUCAUCAUCUUCUUCACAGUGAAGACCUACAAGCAGAAGUCAACCAGGAAAGCAGCGUGCAGGGAUGGCGUCCAUCCAGCCUCAAAUACGGUCUCCCAGACCCAAAGGGCAGCUCCAAUGCCUUUCCUUCAGGAUCACUUGAGCAAACACUGCUCAGACAGCCCCUCAGACCACCUGCCCCCAGCUGCGGCCACCUCCCCCUCAGAGAAGGAGCAGGAGCUCUACUACGCCAGCCUCAGCUUCCACGGGCUGAAGUCACACAACUUUCAGAACCAGGAGACCACUGAGUAUGCAGAGAUCAAGAUCCAGAAAUGA